AUGGCUCCCGGAAAGGCCUCUCGUGGGAAAGCUCCCAAACCCCAUCAUGAUUCUGGACGGACUAUGAAACGCAAGCGUGGUGAGGAGGACCUGUCCUCACUCAUCAAGCGUGUCGAGGAUCUCGAUCUUAAAGCCGCUAUCAAAAACUUCUCCGAUCUGCCUCUCUCCGAACCGACCUCCAAUGGUCUGUCAGCCACUCACUUUAAGGUGAUGACUGAUAUCCAGCAGCGCGCCAUCACCUCCGCCCUCAAGGGUCGCGACAUUCUCGGUGCCGCCAAAACCGGUAGCGGAAAGACCCUAGCCUUCCUCGUCCCCAUCCUCGAAAACCUAUACCGCAAAUCAUGGACCGAAUACGAUGGUCUGGGUGCCCUGAUUCUUGCCCCGACGCGUGAACUGGCCAUUCAAAUCUUCGAAGUGUUGCGCAAGGUGGGUCGUUACCACGCCUUCUCCGCCGGUCUGGUGAUCGGUGGUAAGAGCUUGCGCGAGGAACAAGACCGUUUGGGUCGCAUGAACAUUCUGGUCUGCACCCCUGGACGUAUUCUGCAGCAUAUGGAUCAAACGGCUAUGUUUGAAACCAACAACCUUCAGAUUUUGGUCAUGGACGAGGCCGAUCGCAUUCUUGAUAUGGGCUUCCAAAAGUCCGUGGACGCUAUCAUUGACCAUCUCCCCAAGGAACGACAGACCAUGCUUUUCAGUGCUACACAAACCAAGAAGAUCUCUGAUCUGGCUCGUUUGAGUCUGAAGGAGCCUGAGUAUGUCGCCGUCCACGAAUCUGCUGCUUCGGCCACCCCAUCAACUCUUCAACAACACUACGUCGUCACCCCGCUUCCUCAAAAGCUGGAUACACUGUGGAGUUUUAUUCGCGCCAACCUCAAAUCGAAGACAGUGGUUUUCUUGUCUUCAGGAAAGCAGGUCCGUUUUGUCUAUGAGUCCCUCCGCCAUUUACAACCUGGUAUCCCAUUGAUGCAUCUUCACGGCCGCCAAAAACAGGGUGGUCGUUUGGACAUUACCACCAAGUUCUCCCAAUCACAGCAUGCUGUGCUCUUCGCCACGGAUGUGGCUGCCCGUGGUCUUGAUUUCCCCGCUGUGGACUGGGUAAUCCAAAUGGAUUGCCCUGAAGAUGCCGAUACCUACAUUCACCGAGUAGGUCGGACUGCUCGUUACGAGCGAGUUGGUCGUGCCGUCCUCUUCUUGGAUCCCAGCGAAGAGAAAGGUUUCUUGCAACGACUGGAGCAAAAGAAGGUGCCUAUUGAACGCAUUAAUAUUAAAGCCAAUAAGCAACAAAACAUCGCCCAUUUGCUUCAAAACAUGUGUUUCAAGGAUCCAGAACUCAAGUAUCUGGGCCAGAAAGCAUUUAUCUCAUAUGCAAAGUCUAUUUAUGUGCAGAAGGAUAAGGAAACUUUCAACAUUAAGGAACUAGCCUUGGAGGAAUAUGCAACCAGUCUGGGUCUGCCUGGUGCUCCUCGCAUCAAGUUCAUCAAGGGUGACGACACCAAGGAGCGCAAGAAUGCUUCAUGGAGAAUGGCCCAGCUUUCCAGUGGCUCCGAGAACUCGGAUGCAGAUGCAGAUGAGCCUAAAAAGGAGAAGAAGGAUGAGAAGACCGUGCGCACCCGCUACGACCGCAUGUUUGACCGACGCAAUCAGGACGUGUUGGCAGACCAUUACUCGAAGCUUAUCAACGACGACGGCACUUUGAUCGCCGCAGGUGCUGCAAAUGGCGCUGGUGAAGAUGCCGACGAAGACGCCGACUUCUUGUCUGUCAAGCGCAGAUUCGAGGCUGGUGACGAUCAACUUGGCCAGGGUGCUACCGACUCCGAUGACUCGGAAGCCGAAACCACCAAGACCAAGAUGGUCCAGCUCGAUGGCCAAGAUCCAUUGGUCAUCGAUUCCAAGCGUCGCGAAAAGUUGCUCAAGUCAAAGAAGAAGCUGCUCAAGUUCAAGGGCAAGGGUACCAAGCUUGUCUACGACGAAGAGGGCAACGCGCACGAGGUCUACGAGAUGGAGGACGAAGAAACGUUCGCAGCCCGGGGCGACGCCAAGGCCCAGCGGGAGCGCUUCGUGGCGGAGGAGACAGAACGCACUCGCCGCGCCGAUAUCGACGACAAGGAGGUGGUGCGCGAGAAGAAGCGCGAGAAGAAGGAGAAACGCAAGGCCCGCGAGCGUGCUCUUGCCGAGGAGGAGGCCCAGUCGGAAGGCGAGGGUGGCUUCCAGCUGCCAUACAUUCCCUUCAAGGACCCGAUGGAGUCUGCAUCUGAGUCCGAGCGGGAGGAUUCUCGUCCGGGCAAGAAGGCUCGUUUUAUCGACUCGGACAGCGACGAGGACCGGCCAAGCAAGAGCAAGAAGAGCAAACAGGCUGCCCAGCCCCAGAUCGAAACCUUGCAGGAUCUGGAAGCGCUGGCCAGUGGUUUGCUGGGUUAG